AUGGAGAAAUCCAACAACUUUCGCAUUGAUGCGCUCUUGGCGCACAACGCGCACCCGCACCCAGCUCACUGGGACGGAUCUCAGGGGCUGUUCAUUGAAAACACACAUACUCCCGUGUCGUGCCACCGCUCGGAAACCCCGUCUCCCCAGAGGACAUCGAACGCUGCUCUAAUCCAGACGGGUAUCAUCCCCAAACCGGGUUUGUUGAACAUUCCCCAUCCUGGCCUCACGGCACUGACUCCGGGCUCCUUCCCCGGACUGUACCCAGCUUCCCUGUACCCCCUGGCUGCUAUGGGAUUGCAGCAUCCCGGAUUCAUAUAUCCUGGCUUUGCGCAGAUGGCCCCGCCAUAUCCGGAGCAUCUGAAGGCGGCCGCUAUGGCUGGAUCCUUCUCUUUGGAACACUGGAUCAGAGCGGGAAUGAUGAUUCCCAGACUCGGAGAGUAUGGAGUCACUCCGCAGGGUGGUGUACUGGGGAAGUGCCGGAGGCCUCGGACAGCCUUCACCAGCCAGCAGCUGCUGCAACUGGAGAACCAGUUCAAGGUCAACAAAUACCUGUCCAGACCCAGGCGCUUCGAGGUGGCUACCUCACUCAUGCUCACUGAGACACAGGUGAAGAUCUGGUUCCAGAACAGACGUAUGAAGUGGAAGCGGAGCCGCAAGGCCAAGGAGCAGCGGGUGUCCCAGCCAGAUUCAGGGAGCCCAGUCCUGGGGAAAAAAGGCACCAAGCCUGGGGGAGACAGCCGGAGCAACAGCCUGCAUGACGAGGAGGAGGAGGAGGAG